AUGACGCCCAUCGGUCCGUUCGACCACCGCAAAAGACGACACCGAUGUGACGCUUGUACGAAGAGUCACUGGAAGUGCUCCGGUGAAUCCCCAUGCACGCAAUGCGCAAAACGAAACCAGCCCUGCCGUUAUCCAAUCGCAGGCCAAACGAGCUCACCUAUCCUUGUCGACCGAGGGGAGCAGCGGACGGUCGGGUCCUAUACAAAGAAGCUGGGACGAGAUUCCCAGGCUGUCUUUGACACGAGACUCGUCAGGCCACCCGCGGUCUCAGACCCUACACAACUCUACUUCUCCCACUACGACGCAUUCUUCGAGAGCAACAGGUUCACAGGCCUCUCUCGGGUAGACGACGUCAAGCAGCUGAUGUGCAAAGAUUCAAAGGCAAAGACGGCCUACUAUCAGUCUGCCUUGAAAUUAUAUACAGGGGCGAUCGUGGAUCUGCGCCGUGCUCUGUGCCAGUUCAAUGGACGAACAGAAACCCAGUCGAGAGCAGGCAUUCUCUGGACCACGCUGCUGCUUGGUCUAUUUGAGUUGAUAACCGAUCCGAGCGGCGAUAGCUGGUUGCAGCACCUCGUCCAUGGCACAUCACAGGCGCUGAUGGCCGGCGGCCCAUCGGCAUGCAUAUCCGGGCCAUGCAGCAGGUUCUUCGCCGAAUCCAAGGUCUUUGAAGUCUGCCGGGCCAUUGUCUUCAACCGGCCAACGUUUCUUGCCGAUGAGGAAUGGCUGUCUCUAUCAGCAUCUUUGCGCGCGUCCUCGAACUGGAGCACGGCACAGCAAAGGUUGGACGCCCUGCUCGAUAUGGUGGUCAUGUGCUCUUCGCUGCGUGUUCGGUAUGUCCGCAUGCCCUGCGCAGCAACACCCGGGCUCGUGGAGCGCGCCGAGGCCAUAUCUCUGCAGGGAUUUGCCCUACGCAGCCAACUCCAGGUCUGGUCAUCCUCCUACCACACCUGCCCUGCUUUGCUAGGCACAAUUUCCGAUACUACUGCAGACGCCAGCGUCGCCAAACCAUUACCAGACGAACUGCAGCCCCAGAUCUUGGCCGAGAAGACGGUCCCGGCCGCCAGCAUCUACCUCUCCGGCGUGUUCAACUACGAGAUCGGCUACUGGCAAGGGCUGCACCUGCCCGCGCCGGCACUGGGCGAGCAUGAGAUCCAGCAGCACGUCUCCCUCAUCCUGGCGUCGAGCCAGCGGCUGGUGCGAGAGACCAGCCUCUCACCGUUGCUGUUGCUGUUCCCGCUCGGAGUGGCUAGCGCACGGGCACAAACGGUGGAACAGAGGCGCGGGAUCAUGGAGCUGCUUGCGCUGGUCGGGGCGCGGUUUGCGGUUGCCAAGGCGAUUGUGGCUGAUGUCGAGGAGUUGUGGAGAUAUAGGGACGCCAUGAUGACGGUGGAGUGCGGUUGACAAAUAAGGUAUCUAAUAAACUGUGUCUGUCCGGGAUACGUA